AUGGCUUUUGACCAGAAUUACGGGCUGACAUUUGAAAUCGCAGUAAGGAGGAAGGUGGCGCAUCGCAAGGAUGACCUAAAUGAAAUAAUUGAACAUUUGAACAUUGAAGUUGAAAACCCUUGUGUAAUUAUGAGUCAAGACAAAAGCAGAGAGUUUUUAUAUUCAGGAAAUAACAAGGACAAGUUCAAGUUCUUUUUCAAGGCCACGCUUCUUGGACAAGUGAAUGACUUGCUUGCUACAAUAAGAGACAACCUGAACAUUGCGGACUCUAUAGUUGAAGAUCUGGAAGCGUAA